CAUACAUACACCCACACACAGACACAGGCUACACUGGCCCUUCUAUAUAAGGGGAUGAAUUUGUUAACGGUAACACACCUCAGCAACUCCAGCCUCAGUCUGCAAUCAUCCCAGCUGUAAUACAUUCACACAACGGAACCAUGAGCAUAAGGACAAAGAAUCGCACUGGGACAAGCCCUAAUUACAUGAGGGACUUCAGCAGCAUGUCCUUGGGCUCCAGAAAUGGCCCCAGGACCAGCAGCAGCGGCCUCUACAUGGGAGGCUCCAUCACGGCCGUGACCAUCAACCAGAGCCUGCUGGCACCCAUCAACCUGGAUAUCGACCCCAAAAUCCAGGCUGUCCGCACCCAUGAGAUAAACCAGAUCAAGGGUCUCAACAACCGCUUUGCCACUUUUAUUGAUAAGGUGCGACACCUGGAGCAGCAGAACAAGAUGCUGGAGACCAAGUGGAAGCUGAUGCAGGACCAGACAACUGCCCCCUCCAACAUGGAACCCAUGUUCCAGACCUACAUCAAAAACCUGCAGAGACAGCUGGACCAGAUCAACAAUGACAAGGACCGGUUGGAUAUGGAGAACAGGAACAUGCACCAUAAUGUGGAAGACUUCAAAUCAAAGUAUGAAGAUGAGAUCAGCAAGAGGAACACAGCAGAUCAUGACUUUGUCCUGCUGAAAAAGGAUGUGGACGCUGGUUACCUGUCCAAGGUGACUCUGGAGGACAGGUUGGCUGGGCUGGAAGAGGAGGUCAACUUCUUGAAGGUCUUGUACGAUCAGGAGCUGGGUGAGCUGCAGUCUGAUGUGAAGGACACCUCUGUGGUGGUUCAGAUGGACAACUCCCGGGGCCUGGACAUGAACCAGAUCAUAGCUGACGUCAAGGCCCAGUACGAAGACAUCGCUGCUCGCAGUCGGGAGCAGGCCGAGAGCUGGUACAAGACCAAGGUUGAAAGUUUGGCCGGCCAGGCUGGCCAGGCUGCAGAGGAGCUGCGCAACACCAAGGCUGAGAUCGCCGAGCUGAACCGACUCAUCAGCCGCCUGCAGAACGAGAUCCUGGCUGUCAAGGGACAGAAGGCCAACCUGGAGAGACAGAUAACCGAGGUGGAGGAACAUGGGGAGAUUGUCGUAAAGGAUGCCAGGGCUCUAAUCAAGGACCUGGAGGUAGCUAUGCAGAGAGCCAAGCAGGACAUGGCCUGCCAGAUCAGGGAGUACCAGGACCUGAUGAACGUCAAGCUGGCCUUGGACAUCGAGAUUUCCACCUACAGGAAACUGCUGGAGGGCGAGGAGACCAAAUUUGGACAACAAUCAAUCACCAACAUUUCUACCACAAAGCCUUACACCAUGCCAGAGACCAGCUACCAGCAGCCCACCCGAUCUUCUGCUGUCUUCAUCAAAAUGGUGGAAACCACCGACUCCUCCAGAUCGUACCACUGAAAAACAAAAUGUUGCUGAGAUGCAACAUGACUCAGAGGUCAUUUUCAGAAGGGGCUACAGUUUCCAUAACAAUCCGUAGCACUCAUAAUAUAUUCAUAGCAGCCUAUUGAUGCAGUCAUAGAGCAUUAUGAGACUAGAGCCCAUUGGCUGUGAUAUUUACCAUACUAUGAAUAUUUAUAAGACAAUAUCACCCAAGAAUUUGCAUCAAGUAAAGUGUUACUGUUACUUUAUACCAUGGCAUUGUUGAAUACUUGUUUUUGAUUGGCUUGAAGGGCAUUCUAGAACAUGCACUGUUUUCCUAUAACGCAUGGUGUAUUUGCACAGUAGAAUUCAAUGGCUAUAGUUCAUUCUUACAUGUUCUAAAGUCGAAUUGAAAACAUCAUUGCAAUUGAAUUCGAUUUUCAUAAUGGGAAGAUAGGACUGGUGAUUUAGUUACCCAAAAAGACUUGCAAGUUUAGCUAUCAUGGCAACUACUGUAGCUAUCUAGUAAACUUGCUAGCUUCUUCAGUGGAUGUUAAAAACAUUCCUACCAGCAAAUUAACUCAUUUCUAUUGGCAAUUAUGUAAAAUUAUAGUCAUGGUAUGAAAUGGAUAAUCAACGCUGGGCUCUUUUCGUUCUCUGGACACUAAUGCAACUCUGUGUGAGGUCAGUUCCACUCUGCUAGCACAUAGCGGAACACACUGUGUCAUUAAUUAUUUUCCAUAGAACGCAUAGAGCCCCUCGAUGAUUAUCCCUUACAUAUACUUCAUCAUACUACAUCAGAGAAAUGAUCUGUCAACCAGACCUCACAGAACCACUUUAUUUGUUAUGCUCUACUAUAGACUGCAUUGAGCUUGUUUCCCAGUAUAAGAUUAGCCUAAAAUCGUUGUCUUUACUUCUAUUAAAACGGUUUAAUGAUGCAAUAUCAUGUACCAAGAUGUUCAGACACAAAUAGACUCAUAAUGGGGAUCACAUGCAAUUGUUUGACUCAUUCUUCACUUCUGACAGAUUAUUGACUAGACUACACAUCCGCAUUCUCUUCAUUCCAACCUCCACAAAGUACCAGAUGUUGUGUGAUGGUUAUCAUGACAAUACCUUUCUAUAAGGAAGAUAGGCUCCACCCAAAUUAUUUGCAUUCCUGGAUCCUUUCACAGCAUUAUAAGGCUGCGUUGAGAUGACCCAAUGACCCAGGCCCAGCUCAGUUAAUCCCUACCAUUGUGACGCAGAGUUGUCAUAAUGCUUCAGAAAAUGUAUAUUACACCAGGGGCGUUGGUAGACACAAUGUAAGUAACCUAAUUUAUGUCCCUCUAACUGUCCUCUGCUGAUCAUACAGCUGUUGUAUGCAUUACUCAUGUACCUAUGAACCAGAUUUAUACUAUUAACACUGAGCCGGUGUGCCCUAGGAGGAAAUCCAGUGUGUCUGUGUAUGCAGAUGACUCAACACUAUACAUGUCAGCUACUAAAGCGACUGAAAUGACUGCAACACUUAACAAAGAGUUGCAGUUUGCUUCAGAGUGGGUCACAAGGAAUGUUAGUCCUAAAUAUUUCUACAUCUCAAAGCAUUGUAAUUAGGACCAAUAAUUCACUAAACCCUAAACCUCAAUUAAAUCUUGUAAUAAAUCAUGUGGAAAUUGA